AUGUCACAAUCAACGGGAAAAGAUACUCCACAAACGACAGCAGCUACUUCAGAUCAAUCACAACAAAAUAUUCCACAAGCUACAACUUCUACCACCUCGGUUCCCCCACAAUCAACAGAACCAACAUCCCUCGAUCAAUCCACCACUACCACAACUGGAAAUCAUGAUUACACACAAACCGCAACCGUGAAUCAAAAUAUCGCCCAUCAAAGUGAUGGAGAUCAAGAUGAUCAUGUCGAAGUUGAUACUCAUAGCGAUGCUGAUUCCAGUUGGGACGACGACGAUGUAUCAACAGCCUCUACAUCUAUCACUUCGUCCAUGCUAAACUACACCUACGAAAAUGGUCGUCGUUAUCAUGCCUAUCAGUCCGGUUCUUACCUCCUUCCUAAUGAUGAAGCCGAACAACAACGACUCGAUCUCAAACAUCACGUGUUCAAGCUCAUUCUUGGUGGGAAACUAUUCUGCGCACCUAUAGAUCCUAAUCCGCAACGAAUCCUUGACAUCGGAACUGGAACUGGUCUUUGGGCAAUUGAGUGUGCCGAUGAAUUUGCUUCCGCUGAAGUCACUGGAACGGAUCUAAGUCCUAUCCAACCGGGUUGGGUACCACCGAACUGUAAAUUCAUGAUAGAUGAUGCUGAGAAUGAAUGGUUGUUCUCUAACAAUCGACAAUUCGAUUUGAUCCACUGGAGAGUUCUUGCAUCUAGUAUCUCAGAUUGGCCAAAAUUGCUCAGUCAGGCCUAUACGCAUGUUCGACCCGGAGGAUGGGUUGAAGCACAAGAGCACGAGGUACAUAUCGAGAGUGAUGACGGCACUGAUCUCAAUGCUGGAGAUCUGCAAAGAUUUUUUGGAUUGAUUGAUGAAGCAAGUGUUAAAAAUGGAAAGAUGAUGGAUGAAGUUGCUGGAAAUCAGAAGCAAUGGAUGCUUGAUGCUGGCUUUGUUGAUGUUCAUGAUCAAGUCUACAAGGUACCUAUUGGUCGCUGGCCCAAAGACAAAAGACUCAAAGAGAUUGGUAUGUAUUAUCAAGCUCAAUGCUUGGAUGCCGUCGAACCAAUCAGUAUGGCGUUGUUCACACGGGUAUUGGGGUAUAGCUUUGAGGAGGCACAAGUGAUGAUGGUGGGACCAAGGAAUGAUAUGAAGAAUCCCUUGAAUCAUGUUUACAUGAAGUUUCAUUUCGUUUAUGGAAGGAAGCCAGAGGUAUAA